AUGUCCGCCCCGCGAGCGAAGCGCGUCAAGACCAACGACGACGCCCCCUACGAGCUCAUCUACUGGCCGGGCAUCCCCGGGCGAGGCGAGCUCGUCCGCGUCCUCUUCGAAGAGGCCGGCGUGCCGUACGCAGACACGGCCAAGACGGAGGGCAACAAGGCUGCGCCCCUCGUGCUCGGGUACAUGGACGCGGGCAACACGGGCGACGCCACCAACCCGCCCGUCUUCGCACCGCCGGUGCUCAAGCACGGCAGCCUCACCAUCAACCAGGUGCCUAACAUCCUGCUCUACCUAGCCCCCAAGCUGGGGCUCGCGGGCGCCGACAGCGACGGCGACGGCCUCUUCCACCUAAAUGAGAUUGUCCUGACCCUGCUGGACGGCUUUGUCAAUGAGAUCCACGAGACGCAUCACCCCGUCGCCACGUCAUUGACAUGA